AUGAACAAAUUAUCUAAUGAUAAACUGGUGUUGAGUGACAAGAAGAAGUCUAAAAAUGGAAAAGGAACCACUCCUAAGAAAAUCCAUCGAAAAAUCGUCAAAAAACAAACAGAAGUGGUAGGGAAAUUAUUGUCGACGACUAUUGAAAAUGUCCAUCCAGUGCAAGUGAAACCGAAAGUGCAACAUAAAGCAUUGAGUUCUACUCAAGGGACCGUUAAAAAAUCAAUUACACAAUCGGCCGUGAAGAAAUCGUUAGCGCCAAAAGUGUUGGCUAUGACCACCGAACAAACAUCAACCAAUCUUUUAAAGUCUCGGCCUAUCAAGAAACGUCCGAAAGAACUGAAUUCCUCGACCAUCAAUAAGACCGAGCCGAAGAAGAUAAAACUGGUGAAACGCGUUCUGAAAGCCACUCCUAUGACGUCAAAAACAACAACGACAGCAAUGACGACGUUAGCGAUGCCGAGAGUCUCAGCGGCGAUGCCACACCAACUAGGAUAA